AUGGAUGCUGUGCUGGGUUGGGUUCUCAGGAGUUUGCUGCGGUGUUCGCCCAUCGGUCAACCGAUGGGCUUCGCUUCGCGUUCUUUUGGCGAAACCUGUGCUUUUGGCAGAAGGUGUGGUGUUGCAGUCUUAUGCGUGACUCGGACACGCUUUCUCCACGUUGGUGACAUUCGGAGGUUUCCGCUGACAGUUACAAGGCGCCGUCUGCGUUCUACUGACGCUUACUUUGUUAUGUUUGGACGGAACCUCAGUAGUUGCAUGGGCACAUCUGCUCUGGGCCUUUCCUCCUUCCUCUUCCUCUAUUGCCCGGCACUUUCACUGGUCGGGUGUAGAAGGUGA